AUGAAGAGCAACAAACAAUUUCAGCACAAGAUGCUGCAGAAGCACAUUGACGUGUGUGAGGCUGCCAAUUCUCUAGCCAACAACUUCUGCGACUUGAACAACCACGCCAUUGAUGUGUGUGUGAGUCUGCUUCAGGACAAGAAUAUCGUCAUUCCGUGGAGCAUUCAGCUGCAGGUCACGGAGAAGAAGCUCCAGUUUGUGUUUGAGGAGUUGGCCAAGGCUCCGAGCACGAAGCUGCCCGACCUCACAGAUCGCAUCCUCGAGAGCCUUUGUGCUUGGAAGCACGUCUCGCAUCCGGUCCAACACGAGGAGGACGACGAUGACGAGACCGCCAAGAUGAAGGAGGAGUCCGUGACAUGGUCUGCGACACGAAGCUCUUUCAACCUCUUGUGGAUGGAGCUGGAGGCAGACAUCCGUGACACAAGUUCGGAGGACACAGACGAGUAUGCCAAACUGGAGGCCAAGGCUGAGGAGCUUCAGUCCGUGACAGUUUCCGCGUUGGCAUGCCCGGGAUUCUUCAAUUUGCUUGAGAGCAAGAACACUGCAGCUUUGCUGAUGCUGGCGGAGAAAUAUGUGGGUGCCUAUGCCAAUGACGGUGUUCCGGAGCUCGAGGACUUUCACGACAGCGGCAAGCGUGCCUGUGAGGUCAUGAAGCAGGCACUGUCCUCGUUGGUGGUGCUGCUUGUCCCGACUCCGGGGCACUUGGGCACUUCCCCCACGGAUGUCACCAACGUCAUCGCCUACGAGGAUGCCAAUCCCAAGCUCCCGAAGACUGCCAACCAGAUGGACUUGCUGGGCACUCUUCAGUUGUUCUUCCAGGAGGACAAGUUCUGGCAAGAGGCGGCCGAUGAAGUCCUGAAGCUGGGAACCUCCACCAUGAAGUUCGGCGAUGAGCUGCAGGACUUGAUUGAUGAUCUCAGCAAGGAGGAUGCCAGCAGUGACGAGGUCUCCGAAGCCUUCACCCGGAGCGUCGGCCGCUUCGACCUGUUGCGGAAAAGCCUGCGGAAAAACGCCACUGACAAGCUCGAGGAGCUCAUUCGUGCCCGGGUGGAGCGCAUCAUUGGGCGAAUGUGUAAGACUACUGAAGUCUCCCAGGAGAUGAGUGUGCACAUCUCUUUGAUCAUGAAGGCUUUGGGUUUCUUCCCCACUGCCAAGGGCAUGAUGGAGCUGAGAAGCAAAUUCGUGGCUUGGCAGAACGGUAUGGACAAGGAGCUGAGCCAGCAGAAGCUGCUGACCUUGGCUGACACUCUGAGCCGUGAGGGGCCAUGGCCCGUGAAUGAGCUCAAGAGAACCAUUGACAAGGCUUGUGUCGGCGAGCGCGGCGAGAACUUGGAGCCUGAGCUUGUGAAGAAGCUGGACACGGUCUCAUGGGCCAUGAUGGAGAGGCUGGCCACGGAGGCAUCGUCCGACUUCGAGCACAUGGGCUUUGAAGUGAUCCCCAUCCUGAGCAAGGCCAUGUCGAAGUGCUUCCAGGAAGAUGUGGCAAAGGCUUUGCAGCAGUGGAUCGGAUUGCUUCCCGAAGCAUUGAGCUGUGCGAAACAGUUGGAGAAGUUCAGGAAGCUCGGGCAAAACACCGAGGUGCGGUUGGCCACAGACUCCAAGGGCAAUGCCUUGACGACGUUGGUCAAGCAGUAUGAGACAUUCCACACUGCCCACACGCAGGCGCGGAAGAACAUCGACGCGAUCUCGGAUGAGGACGAGCAGAAAAUCCGGUUUGUUGCUUUGGGCAUCCAGGACUUGCCCGUCUUCAAGAUUGCGGAUGAUGCCAUUGCCGCUUUGAGUGCAAAGGCAGAUGAAUUGAAAGUGCAGGCCAGUGACCUCACGGAGAAGGUUUCCGACAUGACGCAUGACAAGCACCUCCCGGACAAGUCAUGGAAGCAAACCUUGAGCGACACGUCGACCCUGAGUGAUGUCCAGACGGCGGCAAGCCUACACAUGGACAACGAUGUCUCAGGCCUUGAGAAGGUGCUGAAGCAGCUGAUCGAGGUUCACAACCACAUUGUGGCGUGGCACAAGCGGGUGAAGUUCAUGGACGCGGAUCAGGCGAACGUGCCCAAGCUGUUCGCAAGCCUGGCAUCUUCCACCGAAAGCACGAUCCGCCUGGGGUACGUCUACAAAUCGGAAGGUCUUCUGGCGUGCGCCAUCAUGGAGAAGGACCGGGAGGCUGCCAUCAAGCUCAUGCGCAAAGAACUGGCAACCCUCCAGGGAAGCCAAUAUGCAGCGAUCGGUGUCACCGAAAAUAUGGUCCACCCAGUUCUGCUGGCCGAAGCCAAAAAUCUCAAAAAGUGA